AUGGAGAUGGACGUAGUCUACAUACGCUCCUACCCGGGGCGGCCGAACGCCGACGACGACGACUCGCCGGCAGCGACGGCGACGGCAUCAGACCCCGCCAACCUCCGCCGCAGGUGGAGAGUUUCGAUCCGCGUCAACGACCACGACCCCGUCGAGGCGGUCAUCACCGACCCGUUCCAGGAGGUACAGUACCGGACCGUCCUAGAGACGUAUCUUAAGAGCUCGGACCGCGCCGUCCCGUGGAACAGCAAUGACCUGACCGAAGGGAACACCAGCAGCGACGCCAGCAGAGGUGUCGGCAACAGAAACGGCAACGACAACCUUGGCAGAGUCAGCGGCAACAGAAAUGACAACGACAACGACAGCGGCAGACACAAGGCCCUGGACGAAGAGGCGUCGCGCGCGGAGCAGCUGAUCCGCGAGUAUAGCGAGAACCUCCUCGCCCAAAUCGAGCUCGGAGCGGGCAUCUUUGGCUUCGGCGCCACCGAGGCCCAAAUCUUCAUCGUCGAACACCACGACGUCGACCCCACCAGCAAGACGCUCGGCGGCAUCCACUGCCUCGCCUGGGAGCUGCUCGAGGCCGUGCAGGCCGCUCACCUGCCCAAGCUGCGUCUGCGCGUCUCCCGCAUCAUCGACUUCCCCGCGAGACGCGGCCUGCGAGCCCCGCCGCCGCUUAUGGCUCCUCUCGCCGCUGUUCAAGCGGAUCAGAGCGCCCAGUUCAAGGUACUGCUCGUGGUGGCACGCGACUUCGCCCGUACCGACGCCGGCCGCGACCCGGAGCCUGACCUAGCGCAGUGGCCGCUGAUGCGCUUUCAGAAGAAGCUGCGCAGCCGUAUGCUGCUCGAGGUAGUGCGGCCGGGUAGCCGCGAGGAGCUGGAGCGCCACCUGCAGCUCCGGGCCUCGCAGCGAGUCGAGUUUAAUCUGGUGCAUUUUGACCUGCACGGACGCAUUAUGCGCGACGAGAACGGCACGCUGGUGCCCUGGCUGCUCUUCGCCCAGCAGCACGACGGCGGCAUAUACACCAUGCCUGAGACGAACCUCGCCAAAGCGGAGGAGGUGGCCGAGCUGCUGUCGCGGUAUCGCAUCGAAAACGUGGUGCUUAAUGCGUGCCUCUCGGCGUACAACCGGACGGGCCCGGCGACGAACCUGGCGCACAUCUUCUUGAAGCACGGCAUCCAAAACGUCUCGGCCAUGUGGUACUACGUGCACUGGCAGACCGUGGCGACAUACCUCGAGACCUUUUACGAGCAACUGCUUGUCAAGUGCAUCGACUUUCAUGUCGCGGCACAGCGAGGACGCGAGGCGAUCCGUCAGAAGCCCACGCCGCGCGCCGAGAGAGAGUAUCACGACUUCUUCCUGUGCGUCAACUACGCGCGCAACGUGCACCGAACGGAGAGCAUGAUGCGCGAGCUCAGCCCUUCGCCUUCGACGCGGUCGCACGAGUCGGGCGUGUCCAACGCCUCGGGCCGCAGCCCCCGUAUCGGCAGCGGAUGGACGCCACGGCUGGGUGACAGCCUCUACCUCGGUGACGAGCCUGUGAUGCGACUGCAGCUGCACCUUCUGGAGCUCGAGUUUAAGCUGACGACGUUUCGGGUGGUGUAUGCCACAGACCUUCGACAGGGCGGGUCGGACCUGGAUGCGACCAUGGAGCGCAUGAUCAACAUGUGGCUUCUGACCAACUUUAUCGACGAGGUGCACUACUACAAGGCCAAGGACUUUGCUAAGCGCAAGCCGGCGAAGGGAGUCAUCUCGCCCCGGGACCGGCGGACGCGCGCGACGAGCGGCGGGUACCUGCAGCUGCUGUUCCCGCGGCCGGUGCGAGCGCUGCGGCAGACGCUCCACGUUGUGCGUGAGGUGGACCCGGUGAUGGACCCGGGCUGGCAGGCCGAUCACAGCGAGAACUUGCGGCGUGAAGAGCGGCGAUAUCUCGCUGGGAAAGGCCUGGGCCGGCUCGCGCAGCGGGUGCGCGAUGAGGGCGACAGCUUCUUGCUGCUCCUGGGCAACGGCAACAUGCAGUGGUGGAAAGUGCAUCUGGACCAUCUCCAAGGCGAGUGGUGGGCUCAUACGCCCUGGGGGUUCACGCCGCACUCCCGCGGCCGCUCGACUCCGGUCCCCGAAAACGCGCCGCCCUCGACCAAGUCGCUGUCGUCGGCGCGCAAGCAAGUCCGCGCCGAGCAGCGGCGGCGCAUCUUCCCGACCAUAGAGUUCGCCUCGCGCGUCUCCCACUUCGACCCCGAGAGCGACUACCGCGACUUCCACGGCUUCUUCAACCUGUUCUGGAUCGGGCUCGCCAUCAUGGGCAUCACGACGAUGCUGCGCAACUUCAAGGACACGGGGUACCCGCUGCGGAUCCAGAUAUGGAGCCUCUUCACCGUCAAGCUGUGGCACCUGGCCAUUGCUGACUUCCUCAUGGUGGCUGGCACCGCCGUCAGUCUGCCGCUGCACCGGUGGACGCGCGCGAGGGCCCCCGAUAGCGCGUGGACGUGGAAGAACGGCGGCAUGGCCGUCCAGAGCGUGUACCAGGUGGCCUGGCUCGCCCUGUGGAUCGUCAUUCCCUUUUGGCUCGAGUGGACGUGGACAGCCCAGGUCUUCCUGCUGCUGCACACCAUGGUGCUUCUCAUGAAGAUGCACUCGUAUGCCUUCUACAACGGCCACCUGUCGGAGACGGAGAAGCGCCUGCGCGCCCUCGACAACCCGUCUUCGGAGGCGGACCGCGGGCCUGCCUACCAAUACCCGGCUGCGGUGCUGCGUAAGGGCAGCAUCUCCGGCAUCCCUACAUCCAUGAAUCCGACGGCCGCCGGAAAACCGACGCUCGGCGAGCAGACUCCGCCAGAGGAAGACGACACACAGAGCGCCGACGAGCUCGAGACGUUGCGCGAGGACCUGGCGCGGGAGCUCACCAGCCCCAUGGGCAACGUCACGUACCCGCGCAACCUGACCUGGUCCAACUACUUCGACUACCUCCUCUGCCCAACCCUCUGCUACGAGCUCGAAUACCCACGCACAAAGUCCAUCAAUUGGACCUCGCUCAACGCCAAGAUUGUCGCCACGUUCGGCUGCAUCUUCCUGCUCACCAUCACAUCUGAGGAGUUCAUCGUUCCCGUCCUGGCCGACGCCUCACGCCGCCUCGAGGAGGUGGCGGUGACCUCGGGCUCAGUGUCCGAGUCAAUGCUCAUCCUCGCCGAAAGCAUAUCGUGGCUUCUCUUCCCCUUCAUGCUGACCUUUCUGCUCGUCUUCCUCGUCAUCUUCGAGUACGUGCUGGGCGCCUUUGCUGAGAUCACGCACUUUGCGGACCGCCACUUUUACGCCGACUGGUGGAACUCGACCGACUGGAUGGAGUUCUCGCGCGAGUGGAACGUGCCCGUCUACUCGUUCCUGCGGCGGCACGUGUACAGCGCGAGCCGGCCGCACACGGGCAAGGCGGGCGCCAUGGUCAUCACGUUUCUCAUCUCGGCCGUGGGCCACGAGAUCGUCAUGGCGUGCAUCACCAAGAAGAUCCGCGGCUACGGAUUCGUCUGCCAGAUGCUGCAGCUGCCCAUUGUCAUGCUGCAGCGGACCAAGUGGGUGCGGGGGAGGGAGACGCUCAACAAUGUGUGCUUUUGGUGCAGCAUGAUCAUGGGGCUGAGCCUGAUAUGUGCGCUGUAUGUCUUGGUUUAA